CCGUGCCGAGUCGAGUCGAGUCGAGUCGAGUCGUGACCGAGCCGCGCUGGAGGUGUGCCGGGGCUGUGCCAUGCCAUGCCGGGCCGAGCCGAGCCGAGCCGGGGACCUACGCCAAGAUGGCCACAGUUUCUCCUAGCUUCGACAUCGACUCCCCACGCUGGGACCAGAGCACCUUCGUGGGGCGCCUGAAGCACUUCCUCAACAUCACCGACCCUCGGACAGUGCUGGUGUCAGAGGAGGAGCUGGACCGGGCCAAGGCCCUAGUGGAGAGCUGCAGGGCUGGGCUGGUGCCGCCAGGAAGCAGCCAGGAGCAGCUGCUCUAUGCCAAGAAGCUGUACGACUCAGCCUUCCACCCUGACAGCGGUGAGAAGAUGAACUUCAUUGGCAGGAUGUCCUUCCAGGUGCCGGGGGGCAUGGCCAUCACUGGCUGCAUGCUCCAGUUCUAUCGGACAGUGCCUGCAGUGGUUUUCUGGCAGUGGGUGAACCAGUCCUUCAAUGCCUUUGUCAACUACACCAACCGCAACGCUGCCUCCCCCAUCUCUCUGAGGCAAAUCGGGGUGGCUUAUGUCACGGCCACCAGUGCAGCCCUGGCCACCGCAGUGGGACUCAACCUCUACACCAAGCGAGCGCCCCCCUUGCUGGCCCGCUGGGUCCCCUUUGCAGCUGUGGCUGCUGCCAACUGCGUCAAUAUCCCUACGAUGCGGCAACAGGAGAUCAUCAACGGGAUCACAGUGACAGAUGAGAACAACAACGAGCUCGGCCGCUCCAGGAGGGCAGCAGUGAAGGGCAUCGCGCAGGUUGUGCUCUCCAGGAUCACCAUGGCAGCACCGGGCAUGAUUAUUUUGCCCAUUAUCAUGGAGCGGCUGGAGAAAUUCACCUUCAUGCAGCGGAUCCAGGUUCUCCAUGGGCCUCUGCAGGUGCUGCUCUGCGGGGGCUUCCUCCUGUUCAUGGUGCCAGCAGCCUGUGCCCUCUUCCCCCAGCGAUGCUCCCUUGCACUGGCUGACCUUGAGGUGGAGCUGCGUGACAGUAUCAUGGCCAAGCACGGGGACCAAGUGCCAUAUGUCUAUUUUAACAAAGGACUGUGAAUGGAGACUACCUCAGGAGCCAUCACACCCCACAGUCCAGCCCAGAUCUGCACCCCCACCCAGCACCUUCCCUGCAGCCUUCUUCCACUGUAGAAUCAGGGUCUGACUCUGUCCAGCUUGCAGCAUUUUGGCUUGUCCUGACCCAUGCCCAUCUGCUGCUGGCCAUGUCUCAGCCUUCCCAUGUCUCUCUUGCCCUGAGGGAUGCCUGUGCUUCCUGUGCCUUCCUUUGGCCCAGCCUGUUUGGGCCUCACUGGGUUUGGCCCCAUGAGGCACGAGGCUCUCUCCCUUGGGGCUCAGAGCACAGUUCUACCUCUAAAAGCAGAUAUCCUGCCAUUGUUCCAGCAACCAAACCACAUUCCUGCCUUAAACCACCACAGUAGCCUCUUCCCAAGAGAUGGAUGGUGUCUUGGCAGGUGUGAAGGGACCAGUUCUCUCUGCACCAUGAGACUCACCAUCCCAAAGUCCAGAGAUCAAUGCUUGGACUGUGCAUUCCUUGCUCUCAGGUUCAGGUUCACUCUGUGUUUGCCACAAGCCAGGAAAGAAAUAGCUAAUUGUUUUUAGCUCUAAUUUUUUUCAUUCCUCUGAGCUCUGUCACCCUUGUCCUACAUCUCUGGUCCCCACAGUGAAAGCAUGAAACUGUAGCUUUAGGGAACAAUUGUCUCUGUGCCCCCUUUGACAUGGGGAAGAAGACACAGAAAUCAUAGAAUUGUUAUGGUUGGAAGGACCUCUGGAGGUCAUCUAUUCCAGCUCCCCUGCUGAGGCAGAGUCACUAGAGCAGGUUACACAGGAAUGUAUCCAGGUGAGUUUUGAAUAUUUCCAGAGAGGGAGACUCCACAACCUGUCUGGAGAGCCUGGUCCAGUGCUUUGCUAUCCUCAAUGUAAAGAAUUUCUUCCUCAUGUUGAGGUGGAACUUCUUGUGGUUUAGUUUAUGGCCAUUGUUCCUUGUCCUGUUGCUGGGCACCACUGAAAAGAGCCUGGCACCAUCCUUUUGUCACCUGCCUUUGAGACAUUUAUAUGCAUAGAUGAGAUCCCUCUCAGUCUUCUCCUUUUCCAGACUGAACAGACCUGGCUCUCACAUUCUCUCCUCAUAAGAGAUGAUCAUCCCUCAUCAUCUUUGUGUCUCUCCACUGAACACUCUCCAGUAGCUUCUCUCUUUCUUGUCACAGAGCUGUCAAGGCAUUCACUCAGGCUCUGAAUUCAGUCACUGCUGCUGCACUGCAAACAGCAGAGGAAGGUUGAAAAAUAAAUGUGAUGAUUUUUAAGAACCA